AUGACGCAGACCCUCGACAAAAGGGAGGACCCUCUCAACCUGGGCGGCGGCUGGGCGUCCUCCGCCCCGUUACGAACCUGGUCUACCUGCCACCGACGGCGCAGGGGCGCUCCGAUAGACAAGCGGCGCCAGCGCUAUGGUCCCAAGUCUGAGUACGAGCCCCCCAGGAAGCAGCCGAAGCAACAGCACGGUCCGGGCCCUUGGUUCCAACCACCCCGGCGGCCCUACUGGGCCGUGUGCUCUAACUGGGGGCGCUGGGGAGGGCCCUGGCGCCCACCUCCAGCGGGAUGCUGGAAGCCUCCCGGCCGAGUGCAAGUGAUCCGAGUGUUUGGUCUGCACCCGUUCUGCCCCUGCUGCUGCUCCUGCUGGCGCGGGCCCUGGAACCCCGGCUGGGCGAGGCCCCCCGGCAGGAAGAAGCGCUGGGGCCGCAGGGGCCGCGGCCUGCGCCGCCACCCUCGCCGCUCCUUCCCGAGGAGCCCGCCCGUGGAUCUGAGCACGCUGCUGCGGCCAGUCAACCUGUACGGGUGGCGGGCCCCCGGCAUGCGGGCGCCGCGGAACACCACGCAGUUCAUCAUGAACCAGAUCUACGAGGACAUGCGGCAGCAAGAGAAGCUGGAGCGCCAGCAGGAGGCGCUGCGGGCGCAGCAGGCCCAGGCGCGCGGCGCGGCCUCCCCCGAGGGCUCCCCCGGGGACGGCGCGCCCCCCAGCGGCGGCGCGGAAGACGCGGAGCCGCCCGAAACUUUGUACAGCUUCGUGCAGAAUCCCUCUUGGGUCUUGGGUCCCGACCCCGACGAGGAAGACCAGUCUCCAGCCGCACAGCUCGGGGAGGAGGAGGACGACGACGAGGAGAAAAAGGAGGAGGAGGAGUGUGACGAGAAGGAGGAGGAGGAGAGCGAGGAGGAGGAGGAGGAGGAGGCCGAAGAUGAAGGGGAGGUUGAAGAGGCUGACUGCGUGGAUGUGGAGGAGGGGGAGGAGGACGAAGAGGAAGAGGAAGAGGAGGAUACGGAAGAGGAAGAGGAGGGGGCGGAGGAAGAGGAGCAGAGGGAGGAAGAGAAUCAUUUACCUCUGGAAAUGCCUCUAUCAUUCUUAGUGGGGGCUGAGGAAGAGAGAGAGAACUUUAUCAACUGUGCUUAUUUAAGCCCCAAACAGAUAAUUCCCAAAGUGCCACAGGAAGCUCUCCUCAUGGUAGAGGACAUUAACUGUUAG